AUUCAGCAUUUGUGUAGUACAUUAUCUAGUGUAGUAUUGUAGGCAUACAGUAUCAGCAUGUAAUCAACCUUUGCUCCUCCCUUAUUUGAUAUAACAGUGUUGUGUGCCUUUCUCACUCUCUUUGAAGUGACCCACACAGAAAGUUUUUCGUGCCAACAAUCUGAUGAGAUGUGGGUCACACUUCCUACUCGACAGAAAUUAGGCAAGAUACAUGCAUUAGCUGGUUUCUGUGCCUGUGGUGGGACAUUCCGAUGCACUUGAUACUUAAGCCGUCUCUUGUCAUACCCUCAGGGAGUCCAGCUCAGAAGCCCGGUCCGCUGUCAGAGAACCUGAAUGACGAUGGGAAAGCUGCUGGUGUGCGUCACUCAACUGAUCCUGCUCCUGGUGGUGCUGAGUGAAGGCAGUCGGAGGUUCUGCUGCACAAAGUACCACCAAAGUCCAAUCCCUGACAGAUUAUUGAAAUACUACAUAAUCCAGGAUGCUGCACAAAACUGCAACAUUGAGGCAAUCAUUUUCAGGACAGUGAGAAACCGGUUGGUGUGCGCGAGCCGUGACAGUGAGUGGGUGCAACGUGCGUUGGAGACUGUGCCUGAGUAA